AUGACUUCUGGAAAGCAGAAAACUGUCAAACUUCCCAUGAGGAAGGCGAAUCUGAUUGCAUUGGAUACCGAAGCUGGUAAACUGGUAAUUGUUCGACCAACAGAAAAUGGUCACGAUUAUAUCGAAGUUUUGAAUAUUUCAAACAACAACCAUAGUCUUCCAUGCCAAAUUAUUUCACCUGAAAAUGGUUCUAUCCAGAAUGUUAUCAUCGUAGACAAUGGCGAAUUUGUAAUUGUAUUUUCAAAUGGCUCAGUCGGAUUCUGUGAUGAAAAACAUUAUAAUUCGAUGAAAAUCAUUCAAAACCCUGGUUCCGAAAUAGUUGCAUCGUACGUUCACGACACGUCCACCUCUACCAUAUGCCUAAUCACUGGAACUACAUUGAAUAUUUUUGAUUUGCACUCAAACAACGUAUUGUCGUCGAUCAUAGUGGCUUCCAAGUGCGCAACGUCCCCAAUUGUCAGUGACGGAUAUAAAAUAGCGAUUGGAUUAGCUGGUGACAUUAUUUUAGUGGAAGAAAUGAAAACAAAAGUCAAUCUGAAACUAAGUCCUCGAUGUGAGUGCGAAGAAAACGCACCAAGAUCCUUGUUAUUUAUGGAUUCGAAAAUUUUGGUAUGUGGAGAUUCGUACGGGACAGUAACCUUCUGGAACCUUGAUGACUUCACUUUGAUUCAAUCUCUUCCGUGUCUUCUCUCAUCUAUUCUCUCAAUGGUCACAACUGCUGAUGGACUUUUGUAUGUUUGUGGAGAAGAUCCUUGA